UAUAAAAUCUUUUCCCAAUAAAGUGACAGUAUGUCGGAAAUUCAAAACUUUUACGAUGGCAAGAAUAUCUUCAUAACUGGAGGUACCGGUGCUGUAGGAAAAAUUCUUGUAGAGAAACUACUUCGUACUUGUCCAGGAAUAGGAAUUAUAUACUUGUUAAUUAGAACAAAGAGAGGUACAGAACCAAAGGACAGAUUGGAAAAAUUUCUACAUUCAGACGUGUUUAAUGUAUUGAAGAAAUCAAAUGUAGAUUACAAAAAUAAAAUUGUUGGUAUAAGUGGUGAUAUAGGAAAACCAAAUUUGGGUAUAAGUUACAAAGAUCGAGAGAUUAUUAAAAAAGAGGUAUCUAUCGUGUUUAUUGCUGCAGCCACAGUAAGAUUCGAUGAACCUUUACCAGUUGCUGCUUCAUUAAAUGUCAAUAGUGUAAAAGAAGUUAUUGUUCUCUGCCACGAAUGUGAAGGACUCAAGGCUGCCAUUUAUGUUUCUACUGCCUACAGCUAUUGUGUAAAUAACACAAUUAAAGAAGAACUAUACCCACCCCCUAUGACAUUUGAAGAAAUUAAUGUUGUUACACAUUUAAUGGAAAAUCAAUAUUGGACUGAAGAAUCAAAAAAACAAUUUACAAAAGGUUUAUUAGGAAAUUGGCCAAACACCUACAGUUUCACAAAAGCAAUAGCUGAAGGUAUUGUUGCUGAAGAAGGGAAGAACUUGCCUUUAAAUAUUUUUAGACUUUCUAUUGGAAUAGCAAGUUACAGAGAACCAUUGCCAGGAUGGACAGACAAUUUACUAGGAUUCAAUGGCCUCGUGGUUGCGGUUGCAGUUGGUGCUGUCCACGUUACCGUUUGCGAUCCUAACGCAAAUGCAGAUAUCGUGCCAAUUGACAUGGCAUGCAAUGCUCUAAUAUCAUCUGCUUGGGAAACCGCAAUCAAAAAUUCUAGAAAUGAGGAGACUUACGUCUAUAAUUACGUUUCCGGGCCGGAAAACCCAAUUACUUGGGGAAAUCUUGUGCAGACAAUGAUUGAUUAUAAUUCUAAAAUUGCAAUGAAUGUUGCUGUUUAUUAUAUAUUUUUUAUUUUGACAAAAUCCUACACAUUAUACGUCACUUUGGACUUUCUUUUGCAUCGGAUUCCAGCUCUUUUAGUCGAUCUCAUUUUGAGAAUCUUUGGGAAACAACCUAUGAUGCAUAAAAUUUAUAAAAAGGCGCACAAAGUUACAGUAGCAAUAAUAUAUUUCCUUCAGCAUGAAUGGAUAUUUGAAAAUUAUAGAGUACAGUCUCUGUGGGAAAGUCUUUCUGAUGAAGAUAAAAAAUUAUUUCCAUUCAGUAUGGCUGAGUGUGAAUGGCAAGAUGUAAUAUGGUUACAUUUGGUUGGAAUGAAAAAGUAUAUUUUGAAAGAAGACAUGAGUCGAGAAGCUCAAAAAAAAGCUUUCAAAAGACGAGACAUAUUAAACACGAUUCACUACACCAUAAAAUAUUCUUUCUUUACCUACGUAAUCUGGAUGCUAUGGAAAAUAGGACUGUAUAUUUCUUCUAGUUUUCUAUAGAAACCAUAAGCGCAUAACAA